GGGCUGCCACGAAGAUGAACUCCCUCCUUGCGCUUGCUGUGCUCUUCACGUGGGGCACGGUGGUGGCACACGGAAACCUCUGGGACCUGCAGCAAAUGAUCACGCAGACGACGGGGUGCCCCGCGGUGCUGUAUUACGCCUUCUACGGGUGCUACUGCGGCUGGGGGGGCCACGGGCAGCCAAAGGACGCCACGGACAGGUGCUGCCAGCGGCACGACGCCUGCUACGACACCCUCCUGCACCACCGCUGCGAUGCCAAGCGGCAGCACUACCGCUACGGCUGGCACGGCAGCAGCCCGCUCUGCGAUCCGGGCUCCUGGUGCGCCCAGCUCUCCUGCGAGUGCGACCGCAGCCUGGCACUGUGCCUGCGGCAAAACCGCGGCAGCUACGCGGCCCGCUACCGCUUCUACCCCAAGUACGCGUGCCGGUGGUGAGGCACCCCGCUCGCCCGCACAGCGCGAAGAUGCUCCGGCCUCGUCUGCGCCGCCACCGCCGCGGGUUUGCCUCAGCAACCGCCCGCCUGCCUUUACGCGCGAUUUCGGUUUGCACGGGCCGCUGUAGCAUCGCUCCUCUCUGUGCGUUUAACAGGAAAAUAAACAACGUCCUAACCGUGCGCUUAAAUCAUCCCGCGGCUGCAGCGGCAGCUGCUGAGCGGAGAAAGAAAUCCCUACAAAGAGCGAGCGUCAUCGUCCCCGAAGGCGGCGAACCCUCGCCCCGCGCUGCGUCACCCCGGGCCGCAGCCCAUGGGAGAGGGUGGGAGAGGGCCGGGGCGCGGUAUAAAAGCGAAAGGGACCGAAGCGCAACUUCGACGCGGCGCUUCAAGUUAAGAGCCCGGCCGCCCCGCCAAGGAGCAGCGCCUCUCUCCCCGCCGAGAGGAAGAUGAGGGUCCUGCUGACGUUGGCGGCGCUGCUCGCCUGCAGCGCGCUCCCGGCCGGGGGGAAGCUCCCGCAGUUCCCGCACACCUUCGCGCCGGCGCUCGAGGGAAGCACCGUGGCCAACCUGUCCGCCCACGGCUGCUCGGCGGGAUGGGGCGGCCGAGGCGCCUCGAAGGCUGCGACGGACCGGUGCUGCCUGCUUCGCGCCUGCUGCUACGCCAAGCUGGCCGCGCGGCGCUGCGACGUCGCCAGGGCCCAGCACGCCGUCACCCGGGCCGGGGUCGCAGCCUGCCGCUCCCGGAGCUGGUGCGAGAGGGGCGCCUGCCGCUGCGAGAGGGUGGCCCGGCUGUGCCGGGUGCGUGGGUGGGCGCUGGCGCGGCCCCGCGCUUCCCGCCGCGGCAAGUGCAAGGCAGGAGGCAGGUGCCACUGAGGGCAAGCGCCUCUCCGCCAAGCCGUCGCACCUUCGUGCCCCAGCCACCCGGCCUCCGGAGUAUUUCCCGGCCUCGGCAAUCCCGGGCCUCGGGCUUUUUUGCUUCCGUGCAAGGACAACGAGCCUUUCCCGAAGCUGCAGCAUCACGCACUGGAUCCGAAGAGAGCCUGUUUGGAGGGGGAGAGCGACGCAGCUGCAGCCCUUCCAUGGGCAGGAAGGAGGGAGCGGCAGCUGCCCGUGCCGCGGCGUUGUCCAGGGCGAGAUGGAAAGCAGCAGCAGGCUCUCGGUUAACUUUCCUUUCCCUCCGGCUCCAGGUCCCGCACGCGAAUCGCUGCAUGGCAACGCCAGCGCCCUUUCUUUUAGCUUCGUUGCGGAUUCUCUUAUUUCUCCCCAAAAUAAAACCGGAGAGUACAAAG